AUGAUUUCUCUGUUGGAGCUUGUCAUAAAUCUAGCCCUUUGCGGUGCGAUUCUUGUUGUCUCUCGUUUUCUCUGGAAUUAUUUUCGAUCGCCAUUGAAGUCAUUCCCUGGACCUAUUCCUUCUAGCUUCACGGACAUUUGGCGCAUGCAAGAUGUCUUCAGGGGGCGUUGCGACAUAACCCAUAACAAGCUGCAUCGUAAGCAUGGCACAGCCGUUCGUAUGGGACCCAAUCUUCUGAGUCUCUCCGAUCCAAGCUUGAUCAACUUGGUCUACAACACCAAAAGUCCAUGGAUCAAGAGUAAUAUGUAUAACGUCAAUGACGUUCUUGUCGGGGGUAAUCGCCUCAGCAACCUCUUCUCCAGCCAAGACGAGAAAUGGCACUCGACUUAUAUCCGCCCUGUCAAGAAUUUAUACUCAAUGAGCAAGGUUCAAGAUGUUGAGACAACAAUGGACAUUACGAUCAAUCUAUUUUUUGAUAAGCUUCGUGAACGGUUCGUCCGUACCGACAAACCUUGCGAGAUGUCAGACUGGAUCAAUUUCUUUGCAUGGGAUGUCAUGAGCCAAGUUACAUUCUCACAAGACCUUGGAAUCCUUGAAGCUGGCAGCGACUACAAGGGCUUCCUCGGAAGAUCAGCUAAAACACUCGACUACUUCGCUCCUAUUUGUCAAGUUCCCAUUCUGGAUAUGUUCCUCGAUAAGAAUCCAAUCGCACGCAUCGGACCGCCAACCUUCGUCUGGGCGAACAUCUUCAGUCUGGAACAACUCCAGAAGCGCUACCAAGAAAAUGACCCCACGGGGCGUGCCGACUUCCUGUCGAAGUUUCUAAAAAUCAAGGAAAAGAAUCCGGAACUUGUUGAUGACAAUACUGUGAUUCUAUAUCUACUUUCUAAUGUACUCGCAGGCAGCGACUCGACUGCAGGCACGAUGUGCGCAGCCAUUUACCAUAUCUUGAAAAACCCGUCGGUGCAUAAGAGACUCUGCGAUGAGUUGCACUCUGCCAAUCUUUCUUUCCCUGCACAGUGGAAGGAAGUUCAGGGGCUUACAUAUCUAGAAGCCGUGAUGCGUGAGACAAUGCGCGUGAACCCAGGUGUUGGUCUCAUUCUCGAGCGUGUGGUACCCACUGGUGGCUUAAACCUUCCUGAUGGGCGAUUUGUGCCCGAAGGGACCGUGGUUGGCAUGAACCCCUGGGUUAUCAACCAAAACGAGGAGGUAUUUGGUACAAAUACGGAGGAUUUCAGACCCGAACGCUGGCUCCAGAGCCCAGAUGAGCCCGAUGAAGCCUUUCAAGCACGAUUUUCUAAGAUGAAGAGUACCGACUUUACUUUCGGUGCGGGGUCGCGCGCUUGCUUGGGUCGCUAUCUAUCACAGUUGGAGAGCUUCAAGCUUAUUGCUACUCUGUUUGAUACAUUCGAUAUGAAACUCCCAAGUCCAGAGCACGAAUGGAAGCUCACCAACUCGUGGUUUAUUUAUCAAAAGAAUAUCCCCGUCCAUUUGGCAGAGCGAGUUUAG